AUGAAUGUUGUUGAUGAAGCCGUUGUUUGGGGCAAACGAAGUGCGGACCCAUGGCAUCGGGUGACCUGUUGCCCGGAGGCUGUUUUCACUGUAAUUGAAUUUUGUCAGGAACAAGGUCCACGACCACUAUACUCAUACCCUGCUCAUAUUCGCGGUCCACAUCUUGACAUGGAUAAUGUUGCUCUUUGGUUGAUGAGCACCGAAGUUAUUAAUGGUUCUAGUGUGAUAGUUUACAAUCAACAAAUGGCUAUCUAUGCUUGUGUUCAUUAUUCAACUUUACUCGAUUUGCGAGCUCGAGCAUUUCAGCGACCAAUAUCUUUGGCUCUAUUAACUCCUGUAAAACCCACAGCUGCGGUAUUCAAGGAAUUUAUUGAGGCUAGUCAGCAGGUGUUUUUGCCAUUACUGAUUUGCAACCAGACUUUGUUCAAGUCACAUCUUGUUCGAUUAGUUAAUUUAACUAAAACAAUGGAACUCAAGACGUCAGAUAAUAAAAAUUUCCUUACAUCCGUAUCAAAAUCUGCUAGGGCUAAAAUUCAAUCUAUAUCUGAUCAGGCAAAGCAUAUGUUGCAGCGGUUUGAAAACGAUGCUGUGCAAAAGACGAUGCGAAAUUCUGUACAUUGUAGUGGACAUGAGCCAAUAAGUAAUGGCGUUAAAAUUUUGGAGCAGUUAAUUGAGGAUCCUCCAUUGUCACUGCAAGAAAUGAAAUUUUUAACACCAUGUACAUAUGAUAGGUUUAUUAAAGCGAUUCCAAAAGUAUAUGAAAAACUUACCAGAGCUGCCCAUUCUUAUAAUGCGGGAACUUUGUUUUGCGCUGCAACGCCAGUAUUAAAGUUGAAAGAUUGUAACAAUCAUAACUUCGAUGACGACAGUUCUACGUCCAUGAAUCUUAUGGAUGAAAAUGAUUAUACGAGAAAUCUGACCACUGUUGUAGAGGGUUUGGACAAGAUUUUGUUUGCUCUCCUAAGUGGUGAAAAAUUAGCGCUUUGGUCCAUAGAGGAGAGGAAGAGUUUGGGGAAAGACUUGCUCAAAAAACUGAAUUUGCUACGGGUUUGCAUGCAAAAGCAAAAUGCGUCGUGGAAGACAGAACAUAAAAACAUUGAAGAUUGUCAAUUGUUCGGGGAAAGUGUCCCACGUAAAACAACCGUACACGAUUCAAACGACGCAACGCUAUGCGUGUACGACGUUGAAGGGCGGUGGCUUAAAUGUAGGAAUUAUAAAGGUAAACUAUUAAGCUUUUUAUCAUCUAAACGAAGUGACUCAUUUCCGACCGAUUAUGCAUUGAUUCAAUACGUUAUGGCGCAGAUAACAGAUUUGUGCUCAAUCGUAUAUUUGGCCAAAUACACCGAUCCAAACAAAUUACGGGAAUGCCUACAAGUAGAAGAAGAUGAUUUUAAAAUGAUUAUUCAUUUGUUGGCUGAAAUUGACUUUUUAAAAUAUGGUUUAAUGAAAGAAAAGAUGAAAAAAGAGAGAAAUUUAGAAAUGAUUGCUUUUAAAAUUUGA